GCCCGGAAGGGCUGGCGGCGCGGCUCUCCGCGUAGCCAUGAGCAGCGAGUUUCUGGCUGAGCUGCGCUGGGAGGAUGGGUUCGCCAUCCCCGUGGCCAACCAGGAGAACAAGACGCUGGAGGAGCGGUUAUCAAAGCUGCAGAAGGAAAAAGCAAACCUGCAAGACCAGCUUCGUGACUAUGAGGAUCGCAUCACUUCUAUGACUUCUCACUUCAAAAAUGUCAAUCAGGAAUUUUCGUUUAUACAGUCUCUUUACAAAGCAAGGGAGAAUGAGAUUGAAAGUGAACAGCAUUUUAAGGCCAUUGCUGAAAGAGAACUGGGGCGAGUGAAGGAUGAAAUCCAUCGGCUAGAAAAUGAGAUGUCAUUAAUACAGGAGAGGAAAAACGACAAAGAGAAUGGCAUAUUUAAAGCGACUCAAAAGCUGGAUGGUUUGAAAUGCCAAAUGAACUGGGACCAGCAGGCACUGGAGGCCUGGUUAGAAGAGUCAGCUCACAAAGACAGUGAUAACCUCACUCUUCAAAAGUACGCCCAGCAGGAUGAUAACAAAAUCAGGGCCCUGUCUCUGCAAUUAGAAAGGCUGACUUUGGAACGUAAUGAGAAAAGGAAGGUUCUCGACAGUGAACUUACGGAGACUCUGAGUGCCCAGCUAGAACUGGAUAAGGCAGCACAGGAUUUUCGUAAGAUUCAUCACGAAAGACAAGAGCUCAUUACGCAGUGGGAGAGCACCAUUGAACAGAUGCAGAAAAGGGAUCGUGACAUUGACAGCUGUGCCUUGGCAUUAGCAAGGAUAAAGCAGGAAACAAGAGAAAAAGAGAAUUUGGUUAAAGAAAAGAUCAAGUUCCUGGAAAGUGAGAUUGGGAACAACGUCGAGUUUGAGAAAAGAAUAGCUGCUGCUGACCGUAACGUGCUGAAGUGUAGAAUGGAGUAUCAGCGUCAGGACGCUAACAGGAGUCAGAUGAAGGAUGAGCUGGAUUUUUUAAAAGCCAACGUCAGUAGAACUUCUAGUGAUUUAGAAGCCCUGAGGAAAAAUAUUUCAAAAAUAAAGAAGACCAUUCAUGACGAAUCAGCAAAGUUACAAAAAGUUAAAACUCACAAUCAGGUGGUAAGCAAAAACUUACAGCAUCUGACGGAGAAAACCUUGUCUAUUGAAGAGAAAGCUACAAGUUUGGAAGACAUGCUGAAGGAGGAGGAGAAAAGUGUGAAGGAAGCAGAAGCUCAGUUGAGCAUAGUCAAGGACGUCCUAUUCAAGAAAGUCCAGCAGUUACAGUCUGAAGUAAUCAAGGAAAAAUCUCUGGGAGCAGAGGUUGAAGGAACCCGGUCCUCUCUGAAGCACCUCAACCAUCGCUUACACAAGCUGGACUUCGAGACCUUGAAGCAGCAAGAGAUUAUGUACAGUCAGGAUUUUUGCAUUCAACAAAUAGAACGGAGAAUGUCACGGUUAAAGGGAGAAAUUAAUUCGGAAGAGAAGCAAACCCUAGAAGCCAAAAUUGUCGAACUGAAGAAGUCACUGGAAGAGAAAAAAUCUACACUUAGCGUUUUGGAAACACAGAUCAAGAAGCUUCAUAAUGAUCUUUACUUCAUUAAGAAGUCAAACACUAAAAGCAAUGAUGAAAAACAGUCUCUCCUGAACAAAAUGAAUGAGCUCAACCUUUUCACUGAGAGAUCAGAGAAAGAGCUUAAUAAGGCUAAAAGUUCGAAACAGGACUUGAUGAUCGAGGACAACCUUCUGAAGCUUGAGGUUAAGCGCAUGCGAGAACUGCUCCACAGCAAGGCCGAGGAGGUCCUGUCCCUGGAGAAGAGGAAGCAGCAGCUGUGCUGUGCCAUUGCGGAGCGCAACGAGGAGAUCGAGGUGCACAGGACCAUGCUGGCCUCGCAGAUCCGCUACGUGGACCAGGAGCGGCAAAGUGUCAGUGCUGAUUUUCAUGAACGGCUAAGUAAGAUUGAUAAAUUGAAGAGCAGAUAUGAAAUCCUCACUGUUGUUAUGCUGCCCCCUGAGGGAGAAGAAGAGAAAACACAGGCCUACUAUGUAAUAAAGGCUGCUCAAGAAAAAGAAGAACUUCAAAGGGAAGGUGAUAGUUUGGAUGCUAAGAUCAACAAAGCUGAGAAAGAAAUCUACGCUCUAGAAAACACCCUGCAAGUUCUGAAGAGCUGUAACAAAAAUUACAAGCAAUCUUUCCAAAAAGUGACUCCAUCUAGUGAUGAGUAUGGGCUAAAAAUUCAACUAGAAGAACAAAAAAGGGUUGCUGAUGAAAAGUACAGAUACAAACAAAGACAAAUCAGAGAACUUCAAGAAGACUUGCAGAGCAUGGAAAAUACUUUGGAAGUUAUAAAACAUUUAUCAACUAAUGCCAAAGAAAAAUUAUCAGAGAAGCAAGCUUAUUUAAUUCAACUACGUAAAGAAACUGAGGAGCAGAAGCCAAAAUUAGAGAGAGUAACUAAGCAGUGUGCAAAACUCACAAAAGAAAUUCGUCUUUUGAAACACACAAAAGAUGAAACAUUCGAAGAACAAGACAUUAAGUUUCGUGAAGUCAAACAGUUCCACAAGGACAUUGAUGACAUGCUAACUAAAGUCAUGGAGAAUGCUGACAUCCGCGUUAUUCUUCAGACACACUUCCAGCAGAAUGGGCUGGACCUACCUACCGGGAGUGGCAGAGGCAGCCGCCAGAGCUCGAGGUCAUCACAGUCCUCACUGUCAUCAGUAAGGUCGGCUAGGAGCACCAGCACAAACGCUUCUCAGACUUCGGUGAAAGUGGUAGAGUUCAACUUCCCCGAGAGCCCCAGUAAGCAGUGACUCUAGGCCACUGGUAAAACCAGUGCUAGCAGUACUUCUAGUAACAGCAAAGACAGAAAGAGCAGCAAAUAAACAUUUUACUCGCUUGAACAGAUUUUAAAUGUAGAAACAAAACUUUCGUUAGUUUCCCCCUCCUCCAUAGAAUGAUGACAUAGAGAUGCCUACUUAAAUAGUACAGGAUGUACAAAAGACAAAAGUUUUACAUAGUGGAUGUAAAAGCUGUUUGAAGAAAAUAAAAAAGUUUCCAACUAUUUUGUUCAUAGAGAAGGAAAAUUGUAGACAGCAUACUCUUAACCAGGACAGCUAUACAAGCAGGGGAAAGCUGCUUUUCACUAACAUUUUGAUGUCUGUAGUAUUAAAAAAAAAGUCUGCUUCACUGUCUCAUGAAGCCACACCACUUUCAGUAAGACCUUCAGGACUACACUUCUACAGACUCACUGCAUAUCACAAUGAAAAUUUCACUUACUGUGUAUCACAAAAUUGUUUAUUUAAAGAAACUUGUUUCUCAGACC